UAAAGUAAGAAGGAAAGAGAUGAAGUAAAGAACAGAACUAAACACUAAAAGGGUAUUCUUCCGGCGAACGAUUGUUUCACCGGAAAUUUUGACGCUCACAUUUGUUCCGGCAGCGACACUUGCAACUUCGAUUUGAAGUUGAAGAGAGAAAGGUGAAGAUUGGUAAAUUCUAAGAAUACGUUGAGAUGUCUGCGCUUUUCAAUUUCCAUUCAUUUCUAACUGUGAUACUUCUGGGCAUAUGUGCCUGCACUUAUUUCAAGAUGCAGUUUCCGGCAAUCCUUGACCAGAAAACUGGAUUUCGUGGUUUCUUCUGGAAGGCGGCAAGAAUAGGUGAACGUUUAAGCCCAUGGGUAGCUGUGGGUUGCUUUAUGAUGGGUGUUUCGAUAAUCUUCUUCUGAGAUGUUUUACUCAAUGGCAUGGCACCUUCUUUCAACGGAGAUCUGAUGGUUGAUGGUGCUACCCUUUCAUGGACCAUCUCAAAUUCUUCUGUACAGAUGUUUAGAAGUCAAACCAGUUGUAAUUGUAACCAUGUUUGGGAACUUACUGACAAAUAUGAUUUGCUCAAGGAAAUAUUGUACCAUAAACUUGUUAAAGAAAUUGAAACUCAAUCAGCUAUGUGGAACAUUUUUGGUCAAAGCACGCAAGAUAUUCUAAUUGGCUCAAGAAGUUCUGAAAGGAUGCUUGAUUUGAUACUUUCAGAUAUCUUUCUGUUACAUCUGAUUUCCUUUAUGAUCAACUCUUCCCUUACAUAAAACUGUUGAUUUUUUAUGGCAUAGGAAAGUUAUGGCUACAUUUUCCCUUGACUUUUUUUAUUCA